CUGAAACAACACGCACCAAGGAAAGCUCGGAGUUCGUGGGCGGCAAGGCUAAACCGAAGCUGUCACAAAAUGCGGAGGUACUGUAGCGGCAGUUUCAGUACUGAAUUCGGAUAUCCAUGCUUGGCAUAGAUGGGCUGGAAGUGUAGCGGCUAGAAAUGGAAUGUGUGGUAUUAGAAGAAGUUGGAUACUCCAGGAGUGGCCAAAACUCCAAUCAAAUGCAGAGGGCAGUACCAUUUGUGAGUCCGCACUUUACAAGUACCAUCGUUUACAAAACGCACCAACUCAGUUCAACUUUAUCAGCCCUACACGAUCCCUCUCAAGUCGGUUCACAAGUACGUACCACUACUAAACCAGACAUGGUCGGUCUACUACUUUCGUCGUCUGAUGAGGAAAAACCAACCAACAAUGGACCGUUCCCUACAGCCAAAGGAAACCCGCAACUGGAGGAUCCCGGACAGAAAGUAUUUUCAAGAGAACAGUUGCGCGUACGCGAUCUUCAACCACGAGCAGACAAAUCAAUAGAGCAUGAUAUUGAGGACAUGGAAUGGCCUCAAGAUGUCAAGCUCGAUCGAGUGGUUGAAUCUGCGUGGGCAAUACUUCUGUCUUGGUAUGGGGAGGCAGCCGAUACAGUAUUCGAUGUUGCGUUGCCAGUAUCAAGAAUCGAACAACUCCCCGGACCCACAACCGUAACUAUUUGUGUUGCGGUUGAAGGAGACAUGACUUUGAGCGCAUUGCAACACCGAAUGAUGCUACCUGAACUCUCGGGAUCACCGACCACUCAACGCAUCGGCGAGGAGGCUAAUCUGGGCUGGCAAUCCCAGUCAUUGCUAAUGGUGCAAUCCACCUCCGAAGCGGAGGAGGCACCGAUCUUCGACGAAGGAAUCAAGUUGGACACGUACGCCAUCGCUCUACACUGCGAAGUAAAAAAUACAUCUCUACUCUCAAAAACGGCCUUCGAUUCGAAUGUGCUCAGCGAGCAGGUCGCAUUGCGAGUCGUGGACCACUUCAGUCACAUACUGCGUCAGAUCUGCCGUGCCGAUAUGGCCAGUACGAAGAUCAGCGAUCUGGACGCGAUGACUGCGGAAGACCUACGCCAAGUCUGGACGUGGAACGCGAAGGCACCCGAGGAGGCAAACGGGUGCGUCCAUGAUCUAUUUUCCCAGAGCGUUUCUCGAUAUCCGCACAAGACCGCCAUAAGUGCCUGGGAUGGCGAGUUGACAUACACUCAAUGGGACACGCUCUCAACGCAAUUGGCACAUUGCCUCAUCCACAGGGGUGUCCGUCCUGGAGAUGUACUCCCGUUGAUAUUUGAGAAGUCCAUGUGGGUGACAGUCUCUCAAUUUGCUGUCAUGAAGGCUGGUGCGGCCUGUGUGGUGAUCGAUCCCUCGCAGACUAAGGAACGCAUCAAGGCUAUAAUCGACAUUGUAGGGCCUGGCCUUAUCCCCUGUUCUCCUUCAACAGCUCCUCUGGUUUCUCUUAUUACGGAACGAGAACCAUUCGUGGUGCAGAAAGAGACUGUAUCGGAGUUGCCGGAGCAAAGACAAAAUCGAGGUUUUGGGACAAAAUUGCCCAUCGUCAAGCCGAGUGACCUGCUCUAUGUCGUGUUCACCUCCGGCACCACAGGUAACCCAAAGGGUGCGGCAAUAACACAUUCGAACUUCACAUCGGCAGUCAAGCAUCAGAACGAGUAUUUGGAUUUCAAACCGACAGCAAGAGUUGCAGGUUUCUGCUCGUACGCCUUUGAUGUAUCAUGGUCCGAUUUCAUCCACACACUCGCGGCGGGAGCUUGCCUAUGCAUACCCUCGGAACACGACAGAAAGCAUGACUUCAUUGGAUACAUGAUCAAGAAUGAGGUGACCUUUGUACACCUCACACCAUCCUUCGCCGCGAUCCUGGAAUUGGACAAAGUGCCAACACUGGACACUGUUACCCUUAGCGGCGAGGCUGUAGACUUGGAUAAGUUGCCACAGCUUAGAAAAAUUGAAACCACGAUCAUCACAUACGGGCCGGCGGAGUGUACAGUGACUGCAACGAAAGUCAUAAAUAACGGUAGGACUACCAAGGCUACCAUUGGGUGGGCGCUUGGAUCAACGACCUGGAUUGCCGACCCAAACAAGGAUGCUCUUACGCCCGUCGGGUUGAUCGGAGAGUUGCUCCUAGAAGGACCAUUGGUUGGAGCCGGAUAUCUGAACAACGCCGAGAAGACGGCAGCUGCAUUCAUCGAGGAUCCUAGUUGGUUGCUACGUGGCGGUGCAGGAGUGGAGGGCCGCCGCGGACGUCUUUAUCGAACAGGAGACCUGGUACGCUACACUCCUGAUGGUGAACUGAUCUACCUCGGGAGAAAAGAUACCCAGGUCAAGAUUCAUGGCCAGCGCACGGAGCUAGGCGACGUUGAACAUCAUAUCUGUCGAGUUCUAAAUUCGAUGCCGGCUGUGGCAGAUAUUGUCGCCGAAGUCGUCACGCCAUAUAUCACCCAACGCCCGAUGUUGGUAGCCUUUCUACUCAUACCCGCGACUAGUCCUGAACAAUUGAAGAAGGAGUCUGUUCCAAUUAUCGAAAUACUGGAAAGAGAAAUGCCCGGCCAGGUGCCACCUCACAUGAUCCCAAGUGCAUAUAUCCCAAUGGCCGACCUGCCAAGGGGAUUAACAGGAAAGACAGACCGAAGAGCACUCCGUGAGAUGGGUGCUAAGUUGGACCGCAAAGCACUUGGGUCUUUGUAUGGCGCCAGUCCUGCACAGCACGUCGAACCCACUACCGAAGCUGAGAUACAGCUCAGGGAUCUUUGGGCAUUUGUGCUUAAUCUUCCCGCAAGCGAAAUCGGGAUACAAGACAAUUUCUUACGCCUUGGCGGUGAUUCAAUCGCCGCCAUACGGCUAGCAACUGAUCUUAGACGAAAGGGGAUGUGGUUGACGGUCCCGGAUAUCUACAGUCAGCCACAGCUCUGUGAGAUGGCCAAGCUCAUGUCACGAAGUGAGGCAACAACCACGGAAGCUGUGCAGCCCUUUUCUUUAUUGAAGGCCGAGCUGGAUAGGGAUGACGUUUGUCGCCAAGUAGCAGAGCUUUGCUCCGUCGGCGCUUGGCACGUGGAACCUUCACAGAUCGAGGAUAUAUUCCCCUGCACAGCGCUCCAGGAAGGUCUUUUGGCCAUGACCGCGAGGAGCUCGGGCAAAUACGUGGGCCACCACGUUGCUGAGCUGAAGCCAGAGGUCGACAUAGUGAGGCUUCAGGAGGCAUGGCAAAAGGUGUCUGAAAGAGCUUCUGUACUUCGAACCCGCAUUGUCGACCUUCCGGGCCAGGGCCUGGUACAGGUCGUUCUUAAAGAGGCAUUGCAAUGGAAGACCUUAUCUUCUUUGGACGAAUAUCAUCAAAGCCAAAGGAACGCCAGCAAAAAUCUACAGGAAGAUGUUAUCGGAGUUACCGCGAUGGGCUUAGGCACUCCCUUAUCACGUCUCGCAAUCAUACAUGAUGAGGCGGCAGGCAAGAGGUACUUGGCGUUGACGCAUCAUCAUGCGACCUACGACGGCUACUCGGUGUCACUACUGCAAAAAGAGGUGGAAAAGGCGUAUAAUGAUGGGGAAGAAGAACUUUCCUCACUUCCGCUACAAAGCUUUGUGAAGUAUAUCAUGAGACAACAUGACGAAGACGGUAUGGCUUUCUGGAAGCGACAAUUUGCUGGGAUAGAAGCAUCGCCGUUUCCUGCUCUCCCCGCCAAGACGUACGAGCCAAAGCCAGAUAAGGUCAUCCACCAUUCCAUCAAUAGCAUUCGCUGGCCGACUUGCGGUGUCACGCCUUCUUCCGCGCUUCGUACGGCUUGGGCGACGCUCAUUUCCUGGUACGUGGACUCUCCAGAUGUAACAUUUGGAGCUGUCGUGUCGGGCCGUCAAGCUCCGGUACCAGGAAUCGAGGAAGUAGCAGGCCCUACCAUCGCCACUGUACCACUCCGAAUACUGGUCCGCGGAACCGUCGAUGAACUGUUGCAUCAGGUACAAGAACAGGCGAUGGAGAUGAUUCCGUUCGAGCAGUACGGCUUGCAGCACGUUCGUCAAAUCAGCCAGGAGGCCCAAUAUGCGUGUGACUUCCAGUCACUUUUGUUGGUGCAUCCAUCAGUCGAAGAAAGCACAGUUGAGAGUCUACUCCUUGAAGACGGUCUAAAUGACCAAGAAACGGGUUCUGGCUCAGAAAAUACAUACGCCAUGAUGCUUACCUGCCGAACAUCGGAGUCAAAGUUAGACAUGCAGCUGAGCUUCGACUCGAUCGUUGUUCAAGAAGAAGCUGCGGUACGCCUCCUUCAGCAGCUGGAGCAUAUAUUGGGUCAAGUCGCCUCUGUGGAUGGCUCGACAAACGUAGGAGAUCUCAGCAGAGUCAGCGAGCGUGACCUACAUGACGUAUGGAAAUGGAACGCAGCAGUGCCGGAGAGCGUUCAGGACUGUGUCCACAACGUGUUUGCCCAGAGGGUUGCGGAAACCCCCGAAGCACCCGCUGUGUGCGCAUGGGAUGGCGAGCUGACAUACGUCCAACUUGAUCGGUUUUCCACAUUGCUGGCGGGCCGCCUCGUCUGCUUAGGGCUCGGAGUUGGAUCUGACACCGUCGUGCCACUGUGUUUUGAAAAGUCAGUAUGGGUGCCGGUCGCAAUAUUGGCAGUCAUGAAAGCCGGUGCUGCAUCGGUUGCUUUGGAUACAACAUUGCCUCGCUCCCGGUUGGAGAGUAUUGUAAGCCAAAUAUCAGCCAAGGUGAUACUGGCCUCGACGUCUUGCGCAAAGCUCGCGGCCGAUAUCACCGAUGCCCCAACGAUGGAAGUGGGAGGUGAUUUGGAAUAUUUCGAGCAACAAUUUCAACAGAUUCCCAUUGCGAGAAUGCCGAAAAUCAGCCCAUCCGCGGCCCUUUAUAUCGUCUUCACCUCAGGAAGUACAGGUGCUCCGAAGGGGGCGAUCGUCACACAUGCCAAUUUCUGCAGCGCCAUCCGACACCACCAAACAGAGCUCGGCUUCGAAAGGUCGUCGAGAGUUUUCGAUUAUACAUCGUACGCCUUCGAUGUCGCAUGGUCAAAUGUACUGCACACACUAACCGCAGGUGCAUGUCUCUGCAUUCCAUCGGAGGACGAACGUACCGCCGACAUAAAUGGCUCCAUCAACCGGCUGCAGGCAAAUUUCAUCCAUCUCACACCAACCGUCGGAAGAUUGCUCGAUCCUACAGCCUUGAACGCCCUCAAGAAAGUUUUGUUCAUUGGUGAGGCGCUCAAGGCUAGUGAUGUCGCCAGAUGGGAGGCUUCCGGUGCCGAGAUCUACAAUACAUAUGGACCUGCUGAAUGCACUGUCACGAGCACAGUUGAGAGAGUCCGAAAGGGGGAGCCUGAUACCAGAGUCGGUGAUCCCGGUAUCGGCAAAGGUACUGGCGCGCUAGUAUGGGUAGUACAACCUCGUGCGCCUGACAGGUUGGCUGCCAUCGGGACCAUAGGAGAGCUGUGGCUAGAGGGGCCGAUUGUGGGUGCAGGCUAUCUGAAUAAUCCCGAGAAGACAGCCAGCGUAUUUACUGAGGACCCCAAAUGGCUAUUGGAGGGAAUUCCGGGUCGAGUUCCCGGUCGCCGUGGGCGGCUGUACAGGACGGGUGAUCUGGUCUACUACAACCCAGACGGCUCUCUUGGGUUCGUUGGGCGAAACGAUACUCAGGUCAAGAUCAACGGCCAAAGAAUGGAGUUGGGAGAGGUCGAAUACCACGUUCGUCAACUACUUCCGACCAAGGCGGUGCCACAGAUCGUGGUAGACGUGAUCACCCCGGACGCUACUCAGAGCCAGACUCUGGCGGUGUUCUUGGUCAUGCCUGAUGACGACAACCCAAGAGUCGAGCUGAACAACGUAACCGCCUCGAUGAUAGAAAACCUUCGAAAGGAGCUGUCGAAACUGCUCCCUUCGUACAUGGUUCCCGGCGCAUACAUCCCUAUUCCCCUUGCAAAGCUGCCCAUGACGGCAACGGGGAAGACGGAUAGACGAAGGGUUCGCGAACUAGGCAGACCCUACAUCCCACCAACGCCUUCAUCUUCAGACGCGUCAACUUUUGAUGCUGUACUAACUAUUACAGAAGAGGUCUUGAGGGACAUCUGGGCUAGGCUACUUGAUAUCAAGCCUGAUCUCAUUGCCGCAGGUCAUAGCUUCUCUGAGGUUGGGGGCGAUUCAAUCAAGACCAUGUCACUGGCUAUGGCGAUACGCAAGCGGUUCGACCUCAACAUUGGAGUACCGCGAUUGGUCCGACAGCAAAAUAGCUUGCGUGGACUUGCCGCCCUAAUUGACGACCUAUUGCGCGGCCAGUCUGUUGAGGAGCCGACGCAGCCGACACCAACUGACCUGGAGCGUGAGAUAGAUUUGCUUGUGAGCAAGAUCGACUUUGGCCGUGCCGCUACUGGGUCGACGGUCUUCCUCACUGGAUCAACCGGUUUCCUGGGAACUCAGAUUCUCCAUUACACACUCAGAAAGCGCGCAUUCGACAAGGUUGUGCUACUUGUUCGCGACCUCGACGAACAGAAGGGGCUGCACAGGGUGAUUAAGACGGCUAAGAUCGCUGGGUGGUGGAAACAAUCGUUUGCUUCCGCAAUUGAAGUCUGGGAUGGAGACCUCGCAGCCGAAAGACUGGGGCUGAACGAUUCACAAUGGAGCGCGUUGUGCGGCCGUCCCAGCGCACACGGCACUAUCGAUGCGAUCAUCCACAACGGCGCCAGGGUGCAUUGGACCACGAGCUACGAUGGUUUGAAAGACGUGAACGUUGGUUCUACGAUACAGCUUCUGCAGGCCGCAAUGGCCUCUCCUUUUCUGAAGAGCUUUGUCUACGUCUCAGGUGGUCUCAUCACGGAUAGCCGAACCUGGACGGAGGAAGAAGCAAGGAUGGCUAACGGAUACGAUCAAACGAAAUAUGUGUCGGAAAGACUGGUGAGCGCUACUGCCACCCAAAUCUGCAAGCCAGGCAAGACGUUCUCGGUCGUCAAACCAGGACAGAUUAUCGGGGACGUAUACGCAGGUGUUGCAAAUGCCGACGAUUUCUUGUGGAGGGUCGUGAUGGGUGCGGUCCGGCUUAGAGCCCGCCCAGUCGAUUCAGACACAUCGUGGCUCUCGGUUUCGGAUGUUCGUCACGUCGCAGAGUCCAUUCUAUGGCAUGCGGCAGGAAAGAGCCAGGAGCAUUUCGUCCACAUCAAGAGGGGAGUUUGGGUUAGUGCCUUCUGGGCUGCCGUCGAGGAUCAAUUACAACUGCAGCUGCGUCCAGUCUCGUGGGACGAAUGGAUUGAGCUUGCCAGGCAGGACAUGGCGCAGGAGCAAGAACAGCAUCCACUAUGGCCGGUGCAGCAAUUCCUGGGCGCUCUCGGCACUGAGAUCGAUGUCAACGAUCAUGAGAGUUACGAAUGGGAAAUGCGAGAGGUGCUUGCAGCUGCGCGACAGAACAUUGAGUACCUUCGAGGCAACGGUUUCCUGGGAACCACCGGUGGAAGGCCGAUCAAUGGCAAGGUAAUAAUGAGGACCCGAAAUGUACGUAUGACGGGUCCAAAAGCUGUCAGCGCCUGAUACAGACUCAUGUUCGAGGAUUAUAUAUUGGC